CUUAAAGCAAUAAAUGUAGAUCUUCAAAAUGACGCUGCUCUGCAGGUGGACAUAUCUGAUGCUCUUAGUGAGAGGGAUAAAGUAAAAUUCACUGUACACACAAAGAGUUCAUUGCCAAAUUUCAAACAAAGUGAGUUUUCUGUUGUUCGACAGCAUGAGGAAUUUAUCUGGCUUCAUGAUUCCUUUGUUGAAAAUGAAGACUAUGCAGGUUACAUUAUCCCACCAGCACCACCAAGACCUGACUUUGAUGCUUCAAGGGAAAAACUACAGAAACUUGGCGAAGGAGAAGGGUCGAUGACAAAGGAAGAAUUCACGAAGAUGAAACAAGAACUAGAAGCGGGUUGGAUAACAGAGAACCUUGGGUUUAUUCUACUGCUACCUCCAUCCUCUGCAUCCUUCUUUUUUGUCUUCACUGAAUGACUACCCUCACAGAGAUCAAACUUCUCCCAACAUUGGUCCUGCUGGUUUGCUGUGAAUAUUUGGCAAUAUUCAAGAAGACAGUUGCAAUGCAUGAAGUGUUCCUGUGUCGUGUGGCAGCACAUCCUAUUUUGAGAAAAGAUUUAAAUUUCCAUGUCUUCUUGGAAUAUAAUCAAGAUUUGAGUGUGCGAGGAAAAAAUAAAAAAGAGAAACUGGAAGAUUUCUUUAAAAACAUGGUUAAAUCAGCAGAUGGAGUAAUUGUUUCAGGAGUAAAGGAUGUAGAUGAUUUCUUUGAACAUGAGCGAACAUUCCUUUUAGAAUAUCAUAACCGGGUUAAAGAUGCAUCUGCUAAAUCUGAUAGGAUGACAAGAUCACAUAAAAGUGCUGCAGAUGAUUACAAUAGAAUUGGUUCUUCAUUAUAUGCUUUAGGAACUCAGGAUUCUACAGAUAUAUGCAAGUUUUUCCUCAAAGUUUCAGAACUGUUUGAUAAAACAAGAAAAAUAGAAGCACGAGUGUCUGCUGAUGAGGACCUCAAACUUUCUGACCUUUUAAAAUAUUACUUAAGAGAAUCUCAAGCUGCUAAGGAUCUCCUGUAUCGAAGGUCUAGGUCACUAGUGGAUUAUGAAAAUGCUAAUAAAGCAUUGGAUAAAGCAAGAGCAAAAAAUAAAGACGUUCUACAGGCUGAAACCUCCCAACAAUUAUGUUGUCAGAAAUUUGAAAAAAUAUCUGAAUCUGCAAAACAAGAACUUAUAGAUUUUAAGACAAGAAGAGUGGCUGCAUUCAGAAAAAAUUUAGUGGAACUGGCAGAGUUAGAACUGAAGCAUGCAAAGGGUAACCUACAGUUGCUGCAGAACUGUCUGGCAGUGUUAAAUGGAGACACAUAAAGCCACAGUCCACCUUCCUGUUCAAAAGGGCUGCCUUCCUUCGGGUUUUUGUUUGUUUGGUUGGUUUUUUUUGUUUUCUUACUGAUGUCAGGCAUUUAUGCUCUCUGGAAACAAACAGAAAACAGCUGACAAAGCGCACCUACUCUUCUUUUUCUGAGAAACGAUGCAGCACUGCCAUGCCUAGGUGCUGCCCCGCCGUGUGGUGUGACACCGCACUGUGUUCCCCGAGACACUUGUCCAUCCUCGUGCGCUCAUCCUACUCAGAAGUCCAAAGUUCAUUCUUUUUAAAAGUAUCCUCUAUAACUGUGUUUAUUUUACAAAUAGUAUUCCUUAUGGAUGCCAAUCUUAUUUACCCCCUAAAGAAUUUCUGAAGUUUAAGCCUCUCAGAAUGCAUCGUUUAAACAAGAUAAAGAUUGCCUUUAUUGAAUUUCUUUUUUCAUUUUGUUUUUAAAAAGCAUCGUAUACCGCCUUAGUUCAUGUAUGUAUCCCGGUAAAGCAUCUUAAACAGACUUAUUUUUAAUUAAUAAGCGUUUCUUAGAAGUUUUGGGACAGACUUUAUGUAAUCUUCAUAAGUAUGAUUUCUGAAGAAAAGCAAAUGCAUUAGUAUGUUUGCCUUAAACUUGUAGACUAAACCAAUUAUUGUAAAAUAAACAGCGGUAACAGUGAUAGUUUUUAACUCUGUGGUCAUUGCAUCACUCUAAAAUUAGGAGUAGCUAAUAAAUCUACUCCUGUAUUAUGCUUUACAGUGCAGGUCUUAGUUUUUCUCUUUUCUCAUUUCUUUUACAGCGGCAUAUUGAACAAAGUUCGCCAAUCCUUUUAUAAAAGAAUGAACCGCUCCUCUGUGCGUACUUCAUAGAAAGUGCAGUUGGGCAGAGGCAGGUUAGCGACAGCUGUCUGUGAAACACAGGAGCAGAGUACAGCCUGUUAUGGUUUCCUGGAUUCCGUCCCCAGCUCAGCCAGUUAACCAUGAGACAUACGCCACUGAGCCACUCAGUAGUCACGCCAGUGUAUCGACUGGUCUGUGGAGGGAAAGAGGCCUGCUAGAAGGAACAGCACUUGUCUGUGGGGGAAAAAAUAUAGACUAUUUGAGAUAAAAGUCGUUGUACAGAUAGGAUACUGAUUGCCAAUAGUUAGAGAACAGAUAUUAUCGGCCUUUCUCAUGUGAAUGAAAAUUUCUGUCAUCCCUAGCUUAAGGUUAGAUCGAGUGGUUAGAUUUCUCUACUGCCUUUCCUCACGUUUCUCUGACUUGGAGACCAUAGGCAUUUGGGCUGGUCACCUCUUGGAUGGGUUUCUCAUUUGUUUACAUUUUUCCAAACUGUUCUGAAUGCCUGGACUUGGGCUUGUCGCCAGUCAUGAUGAUUCCAGCCUUUCUCAGCAUGUUCUGUUGCCUCCCUUGUGUUGGGCGAUGUUUUGUCUCUUUAACUGACAUGCUCCCCGAUGCUGUUUGAGUUGUUGAUUUUUCUGUCGUUGGCUGAGAGAUCAAUGUGUUUUGUCCUUCAUGUAACCUUCGCUGGUAAAAAUAAGCCUGUGUGAUGUCCACCGGUGGGUGAGUGAACGCAGGACCAAUUUGGCUUCUGGAUUCAGGUCCGGCCCCUUCACCUGCUGCCCUGUGGCCUCAGGCCACACAGGUUUGGACACGUUUGCUGGACUUCUGCCUCAGUUCUCUACUAUAAAGGACAUGAUGACCUACCUCACAGGGGUGUUGUGAGGAUUAAUAAAUGUUGGUACUGUGCUUUGGAAA